AUGCGCAACCCGGAUCAUUCCGGGAAGUACAGCCAAUGUGAGGUUGGUUUGUAUGGACUUGAGUGCAAUCAGACUUGUUCUAGGCAAUGUUUGGAUAAUACGACUUGCAGUAAUGUUAAUGGAAACUGCAAAAGUGGGUGUGAAGAGGGAUUUGGAGGGAUGAAAUGUGAAGAAGAAUGUGAACUUGGAAAUUAUGGGAUGAAUUGUGCCUUUAGCUGCAGUGGAAACUGUUUACGUAAUCUAACCUGCAAUCGAUUUUCCGGUAAAUGUGAAGAAGGCUGCAUUGCAGGAUAUACUGGUGUUCGUUGUGAUGAAGAAUGUUCACCAAUGACUUUUGGACCAAAAUGUAAACACAUAUGUAGUGGUCAUUGUGCAGAAUCGCAUACCUGUAAUCACGUGACUGGAAUUUGUGCAAAUGGAUGCGCAGACGGAUAUAAUGGAUCACUUUGCGACGCAAAAUGUGUGGAAGGAUACUUUGGUACAAAUUGCAUUCGUCGGUGGUCGCAAAACUGCAAGAACACAUGUAACCAUGUUAGUGGAAUAUGUUUCUGUUCAACAGGUUUCUCAAGUGAUCCUUAUUGCAUGAAAGUACUCAAGGGGGAACAGACCAGCGAAACAAAUAGCAAACCAGUCGCACUGAUUUUCUCUGUUGGGUUAAAUGUCCUACUGCUUUGCUCUGUAGUCUUCUUGAUCAGAACGAUUCAAAUCAAGAGAAAAACAGAAUCAAGGAAAAGAGUACAAAAUGUGGAGCCACUUACUAUUGAAAAUUCUAUGGAUGUACACUAUCAGGAUUUGGAAACAGUAGAUCAAUCUUUCUGCUACCAGGAGCUACAGACGAAAGAAAAUAAAUCCUUCUAUCAAAAUUAUUCAUAA